CACUCAUUUGUCAUUACGUGGCCUUAGUUUUGUGUAUGAAAUAAAUAGUGUUAAAUAAAAGAAAACAAGCUAUUAAUGUAUUGAAAGCAGCUAUUAAACUAUUCCAGUGAAAAUCGUAGUUCAAAUAGUUUUCACAAUGCAUAAUUUAUCUAAAUCUUUAUGGGUUAUUUCAAUGAUUUUAGCCAUAGUUGUAUCAACGGCAAACUGUUACACUAUCACGGUGGACGCACACGCCGAAGAAUGUUUUUUUGAAAAUGUUGAAGCCGACACUAAAAUGGGGCUUACAUUUGAAAUAGCUGAAGGUGGUUUCUUAGAUAUAGAUGUAAAGAUCACUGGUCCUGAUGGCACAGUGAUAUAUCGGGGUGAGAGGGAAUCUUCUGGAAUGUACACGUUUUCUGCACCCACCUCUGGUCGUUACACCUAUUGUUUCAGUAAUCAAAUGUCUACGAUGACACCUAAGGUAGUAAUGUUUAACUUUGAAGUAGGAGAAGCACCUCAUAAAGGUGAUGACAAAGACAAGGAAGUUGAUCACAAUAAGCUAGAGGAAAUGAUUAAAGAAUUGGGUUCCACUCUCAAGACUGUAAAGAACGAGCAAGAAUAUAUGCAGGUACGAGACAGAAUUCAUCGAUCCAUCAAUGAAAGCACAAAUUCUCGUGUUGUUAUGUGGUCUAUAUUUGAAGCAUCGGUGCUUCUAGUCAUGACUCUGGGGCAAGUCUACUAUCUCAAGAGGUUCUUUGAAGUGCAACGAGUCGUCUAAAGUUUGUUAUUGUGGUGUAGAAAGUUUAUAAGUAUUUAAUAAAUUUUUAUAUUGAUGACUGUGAAAUGCAAAACAAUUUUGGUAUGUUGCAUGAUGUGUGAAAAUACACAAUUUUUUCUGUUAUUUAUUAUGAACUCUACUGGUAACACAGCUAUCAUUAGUUAAA